UUGCAUUUUGGCAUAUGGCCUCUGUUCCCGUCGCCUCACCCCUAAACCCCAACCAAACCCCUCCCUCCGCGUCUCCACAGAGCUCCUUCGUCCCCGUCCACGGCCGCCUGCUGCUCGCUCGCUCUCCGGUGAGGGAAAGCCAUUCCUCCUUCCCCCUUUCGAGAGCAGACGACGCGAGGACGCGCGCGCUAAUCGUUUCUUGCCGCUGCAGGGUGGUGACCAUGGCGCCUGCUACUCUGUCGCCGGAGGAAGGAGCGGCCGCCAAGAACGUCGGCGAGGGGCACGGGAGCGACGCGGGAACCCCGGCGAGGAGGCUACGGUCCUUGCACCCGGACGUGGCGGAGCUGCUCCAGCGAACCCGUGACCGGCGGACCAGGAAGGCGCGCGUGGCCAAGGGCGGGGAGGUAGGGCGCGCUCGGUACGACUACGUGUUCGAGGAGGAGUUGGAGGGGGAGGAGGGACUCCCGGCGCCGCCGCGCCUAGUGUGGGCCAAGGUGAGGGGCUACCACUGGUGGCCGGCGCAGGUGUUCGACCCGGCGGACGCGUCGGCGCUCGCGCUCGGGGAGCGCCGGAGGCGCGGCGCCGCCCUGGUGGCCAACUUCUGGGAGCGGACGUUCGCGUGGGAGGCCGACCCGGCCGCGCUCCGCCCGUUCCGCGAGGGGUUCCCGCGCUUCGCCGCCGUGGACCGCGCCCACGUCCCGCGCUGGGGCGCCUGCAGGACCAUGUCCCCGUUCGCCUCCGCCGUGGACGCCGCGCUGGGCGAGGUGUCGCGCCGCGUCGACUUCGGCCUCUCGUGCGACUGCGCCAUCAGCCGCGGCGUCGCCAAGAGGCAGGUGGUCGACAACGCCGGCGUCCGGGAGGGCGCGCACGGGGCCGUGGUGGACACCGCCUUCGCCAGGGACGCGUUCCGCGGCGAGGCGUUCGUCGAGUACCUCUCCGCGCUCGCCGUCGCGCCGCUCACCGGGGCCGACAGGCUCGAGCUCACCGUCGCCACCGCGCAGCUCAGGGCCUUCACCCGCUGGAGGGGCACCAAAGGCCUCCCCGCGUACACGGUUUGGUAUGGCAUCCGCGACAUUGCCGAUGGCGCCAUGGGUGCCACGCCGGCACGCCGUGGCCGCGCCAGUGGCACCGCCAAGAGGGGAAGGCCGAGGGGCGACAGUGCCGAUGGCAAAUGGAAGGACUCAAGGUGCGUCACCUGCGGCAGAGCAAGAGAGAGCGUGGAAGACGCCCUGGAGGUGGACAACUACGAGCCGACCACAAAGAUGGGGAAGCUCAUGCGCAGGGCCGCACGCCGGAUGUCGCUGUCGCCGCCGGUGAACCGCAGAGCCGACCGUGCCACGCCCACUCCUCCGGCGAACGCUGGUGUGAGGAUGGCAAGGUGCGCAAGCGCUGCCGCUGCUGCUGAUCAUGCCGCUCAGCUGCAUGACGUCCCUGUCACCACCGCUGCUCCUCCUCCGGCGAAGCCGCAGAACGGCGGCCUCAACAAGGACGAGCAGCCUCGUCUGACCGGGCUGCUGCUCAACUUCACCGGUCCGACCGCCGUCCCUCCGGCGACCGACCUCAUCGAGAUCUUCAGCCGGUUCGGGCCCGUGGUGGAGGCCAGGCCGGAGGGAUUCUCCGUCGCCGUGGUGAUCUUCGAGAGCAGCCUGGAUGCCGCGGCGGCGUUCGCGGGCACGGCCAAGAUCGCCGCCCUCAGCCCCAACCUCAUCAGCUUCCGCCUCGCCUACUCGCUGUCGGCUCCCGCGCAGGCCGAUUCUCCGCAGAGCCCGAUGAACGCCGAUGAGAUGGAUCACCUGCUUGAUGAAGCCGAGGGAAUGGAUCUCCUGGACCUCCUGGCAGUCGAAGCUCUUCACUAGCUGGCUCACUCAGGUUUUGCAUUGCAGAAUCACUCAGGUUAAUUAUUUUGGAUAGGAGGAGACAGUGGAAGAGUUUACAUGAUCAAUGCAAGCAAGGAAUUUUUGGAUCACUAGGUGAUGAUAACCUGUAACAGGAAAAAUAGUUCAGGAAGUAGUCAGUUGUGUUGCAUCCAUGUGGAGUGGUGAAGUACGAUCAUCACACAUCAGUUACAUCUUUUUGGCCCGUCUUCUGAAAAUUGUUGUUUAAUGACUAUGUUAGUGAGUUAUCUGUGGUGCAAACACAUCUAAGCCGAUGAUGAUUUAUAUCCUAUGUUUAUAAAUCAUAUCCGAUUU